GUUUCUUUUUGUAUCACAGAUGCAAACACUAUUGAGUAGUGAAUAAAUGCAUUCCUGCGGCCUAUAUAAACCGCAUGUGAUCUUCUAUAUGUUGUGUGCAUUUAUUUAAGUGGCCGGCAUGACAGGAUAUAUAGUACCCUUACCAUAGCUAGCUAGCUACCCGGCCACAUUAUAUAUCAUUGAUCAUGAGAGGCUUAAUUAGCUUCAGAAGCCUCAUGACUACAUCUAUGAUGAUAAUGGUGGCAUUUCUUGUAUGGUCAUCCACCAGUGUAGAAACCUGCCAUGGGAGAAGACAUCAUUCGAGGGCAACAAGAGGUGCCACCUCACCAUCUCUCUACAACAUCAAGGAGAACAAAUAUAUUGGCGGCGGCAAACACCAACACGGCAAUGCCGCCGGAAAAGCCAAGUCCAAACACUACCCACCUCCGCCGCCUUCGCCUUCUCCGCCAUCUCCGCCGUUUGGCGACGAUGCAGACAGCUCGGUUUUCAAUGUGUUGGAUUUUGGAGCAAAGGGUGACGGAGAGACAGAUGAUACUAAGGCAUUCCAAGCUACAUGGGGUGCAGCUUGUAAGGUGGAAGCAUCGACGGUUAUGGUGCCUUCAGAACAUGUGUUCCUAGUGGGGCCCAUUUCAUUCUCCGGGCCUUACUGCCAACACAACAUUGUUUUCCAGCUUGAUGGCACAAUCAUAGCUCCAACGAACUCAAAGGCUUGGGGUUCAGGUCUUUUCCAAUGGCUUCAAUUCACAAAGCUGGUGGGACUUACAAUCAAAGGCAGCGGAACAAUAGACGGGAGCGGCUCCGUGUGGUGGCAGAGCCGCCCGUUCGAUGAUCUGAGAGAGGAUGAGAUGAAACUAAAUCCGGCAGCAAUUCCAGAAAAACGCUCACCUGGGGGGGAAAUGCCAACCUUAAAGCCGACUGCGCUUCGGUUCUAUGGGAGUUUCAAUGUGACAGUGACAGGUAUAACGAUUCAGAAUAGCCCUCAAUGCCACCUCAAAUUUGAUGACUGUGCUGGGGUGUAUGUGUACAAUUUCACUGCCUCAUCGCCUGGAGAUAGCCCCAACACAGAUGGAAUCCAUCUUCAGAACUCAAAGGAUGUUCUUGUCCACAGCAGUAACCUUGCUUGCGGUGACGAUUGUGUUUCAAUUCAAACUGGAUGUGCAAAUGUAUUCAUACACAAUGUAUAUUGUGGACCGGGGCAUGGAAUCAGCAUUGGAGGAUUAGGAAGAGACAACACAAAAGCUUGUGUGUCAAAUAUCACCGUGCGUGACAUUAUUAUGCGUAACACCAUGAAUGGUGUAAGGAUAAAAACAUGGCAGGUACGGAAACCUUUUCUAGGCAUAUCAUACUUACUACCCUAUGAGUGCUACUUCAGAUCAAGUGACCCCUCAACUGCAAUGGAUCAAAACAUACCCUUGGUGCUUCAGGUACUUCAAUUAUUGUCGCAUUUUAAUUAACUAAUUAUGUACGUGCAGGGUGGGUUAGGGUUGGUGCAAGGGAUUCUAUUUUCGAACAUUCAGGUUGAUGAGGUUGAAGUGCCAAUAAUAAUCGACCAAUUCUACUGUGACAAAAGAGCAUGCAAGAACCAGACAAGUGCAGUGGCUGUAUCGGGAAUCCACUACGAGAACAUCAGAGGGACAUACACGGUGAAACCAAUGCAUUUUGCAUGCAGUGACAGCACGCCGUGUUUGGAUGUGACCUUAGACAGGAUCAAACUACAGCCACUGCAAGAGCGCUACCGAAUGUACGACCCGUACUGUUGGCAGACAUUCGGAGAGUUGUACUCUCCUGCUUCCCCUCCCGUUCAAUGUUUACAAGUUCAUAAGCCAUCUAGCAGCGUGGAUCACAAUCAGUGUUGAAUAAUUAUUAGUUUGUGAGGUCGGCGUGGUUUUCCCAACCCCCCUUCACACCAUUGCUUAAUUAGUCAUGUAAAUGGAAUUCAUUUGAUCAGUAGCUAGUACAAUUAGAUUAGACAAAAAAUUUCUUUAUUCAAUAACUAGGGCUUUGUUCCAGCUAGAACACGCAUGUGUCAUAAUAUAUAAAUAAAGUUUGGAAUACA